AUGGCAUUUGGAGUUCUAGGUGUGUUCCUGGGUCUACUACUCGAGGUCUCUACACAUGGACCCCACAGCGUGCCCCGGACCUCCUGGAAACAUGAAGGUACGGUGGUAUGAAAAGCGUUUUCCCUCAAAUACAUUCUCACUGCAGCAGACCUGGAUCAAAUACCUGUCAAGUAUUCAAAAAUACUUGAGGACGGUACGCUUAGCUUGGGCGGUACAAUAGAACCCAUGGAACAGUCCUAAAAAGAUUGCAAAACAAUCGGUGCAGGAAAUCCUAAGACUAGCGUUUUUAAAACCCAACUCGAGAAAUUAUUAACUGGAGAGAUGGUGGUAGGCACCCACCCAGUGCUUAAUUUGUAAAUCGGGAGGUGCCGGAACAAACAGUGAGCACGAGAGGUGGGGUGACCUGGGGAGUUCUGAAGUACCGGAUUGCAUAAAAAAAUUAAUCCUUUAAUAUAGCAUUGCAUUAAUAUUAUCGCAUUUGCGUAGUGGCAUAGAGCAGUAGAGUAGAGGCACUUACAGAAGUUGCACACAUGGGGUACAUUUUUAGUAGCAUAAUGUCCGGGGAAAUGUUGGCCAUUUAUAAACGCAUUUCAUGCAAUUCUACGUCAUUUUACAUGACUGGAGACUUUGGCAGAAUCUUUGAUAAUACCUCACAAAUUAUCGAAAUAACAGGCUACUUUGACACUGACAAACUGAGGAUCAGAUCAUUAAAAACGACCGCAUCUUGAAUCCAUCAAUAGCCUAGGCCUAGGUGUGUGGAGACACAUUGUAGGCUACAAUAUGAGGAGGAAAUGAUAGUCCUAAAAAUGCUUUCCAGUUUCACUGACUCACCCAAUGAUCCGCAGCUCACUCACUGGUGAUGGCCGAUGCACUCGUGCCAAAAGCCUAUCUUUCUCUCUUUUGUAAAACAAUAUUUGGAAGUUGAUCAAAUAUUUUGGUGGCCAACAGCAUAGAGUAUAAAUAAAUGAUUAAGUGCAAUGCUUGAGAAAUGAGAGUUCAGGCUCAUGUCUAUUGGAGCAGAGAGGGAGAGAGAUCAUUGAAAGUGAAUCUCAUUCUAAACUCAGCAAAAAAAGAAACAUCCUCUCACUGUCAACUGUGUUUAUUUUCAGCUAACUUAACAUGUGUAAAUAUUUGUAUGAACAUAACAAGAUUCAACAACUGAGACAUAAACUGAACAAGUUCCACCCACGUGACUAACAGAAAUAGAAUAAUGUUUCCCUGAACAAAGGGGGGGUCAAAAUCAAAAGUAAUAGUCGGUAUCUGGUGUGGCCACCAGCUGCAUUAAGUACUGCAGUGCAUCUCCUCCUCAUGGACUUUACCAGAUUUGCCAGUUCUUGCUGUGAGAUGUUACCCCACUCUUCCACCAAGGCACCUGCAAGUUCCCAGACAUUUCUGGGGGGAAUGGCCCUAGCCCUCACCCUCCGAUCCAACAAGUCCCAGACGUGCUCAAUGGGAUUGAGAUCCGGGCUCUUCGCUGGCCAUGGCAUGAUAUGUUUGCUCUACUGCUACAUUGAUGUCAUAAAGUAUAUUUGAGUCUUGUAAGUCACAGCUGAGUAUAUGUCUCCUUUAUCAUUACCAUUAGUGUCCCUGUACUGCCUGUAGGCCCGUUUAAGUAUGAUCAUACGUGGGCUGUCAAUGCCAAACCGCUGGUUCUAUCUCUGUUUCUCCAUACAGUGCUCCUGCGUCCUCCGGCCAGUAUUGUGCGGAAAGCACCUUCAGCUCCUCUAUGAACUGGCUGUAUCCUCUAUUGUCCACCGCCCAUCCUCCUUGAGAGAACAUUCUAGCCUCCAUGUUCCCCGCCAAGCUCUCAAAAAACUCCCUCUGAUUAAGGACUCUGUCGCUGGCUCUUCCACCAUUCAGUUUGACGCCUUGGAAAGAGUUCUCCUGUCUUUAGUUGGUUUGGUCAGGGUGUGAGUUUCUAUGUUAUAUAUUCUAUGUUUACGUUCUAGUUAGUCUAUUUCUAUGUUUCAGUUCUAGGUUGUCUGUCUGUUUGGCCGGGUGUGAUUCCCAAUCAGAGACAGCUGUUGCUCGUUGUCUCUGAUUGGGGUUCAUACUUAAGUAGCCUGUUUGCCUACCUUAGUUGUGGGAUCUUGUUCCGUGUUAGGCUUGUAUGUGUUUAGCCUGAGGACUUCACGUUACGUUGUUUCUUGUUUUGUUUAUGUUUAUUGAGUUUAAUAAACAUGUACGCUUUUCACGCUGCACCUUGGUCUGACCCGUCUCUCAACGUUCGUGACAGUGUCGGCCUGGCUGCUCUGCCAUGGCACUGAACAACCUCACUUCCGUGGUGACUGCCCUGUGUGCAGUAAUAAUUGUGCAGUCUCUCUUUUGGAGCUCAAGUGACAAUUCAGAUAGUUCUUGAAGUGCAUCACACAAGGCCUAGAUUGUUAACAAAGUCAUGCAAGGAUAUGCACAUGGCAAGGCCACUAUAGCUCUGACGGGUCACGCCGUCGCGGGAGGCAUCCUCAGCUGCUAUGGUGAAAUGUUUGUGAAGAGCCAGGUAAUUUUUCCACACACUCUACAGUUCUAAAACUUGAUGCCACCCAUCUAGUGUCCAAGAUCCUGCCGAUUUUGCACUCUCUGUGCACUCCCUCAGCUCCUUUUGGUUUUUGGUGAAUACGCUAUAAAGCGCAUAUAGCUUGUCCAUAAGUCUUUUAAAAUGAUUGAUAGCUCCCAUCUCUUUUACCACAUUGCCUACUGCGAGCUCAAGCCUGUGUGCCGAGCAGUGCCAAACAGUUAUAUUAGGGAAGAGGGCCUGGAGCCUUGUUGCUACUCCGCUCUUGCAUCCCAGCAUGACAGAUGCACCAUCACACGUUAUUCCAAUGAGGGUUUUGGAGAGAAAGUCCUCAGUAAACUUUACACCCUCUAAUGCAGAUAACAGAUUACGGACAAUUCCCCCAGCAGAUAAAUCCUCCAGUUCCACAAGAUCAACAAAUAUGUUUGCUGUUACGUCCGUAUCUGCCAGCUGAAGUCUGAUGUAUACAAUCAAGGCACUCUUUUUAUUCAUACUAGUAGCCUCAUCGAGCAUUAGGCUGAUUUUUGGGAGAGCACUGCACUGUUCUUUCAAAUAGUUUUUGCUUCAUUUCAGAUUAAAUGCAGUGCAUUUGGAAAGUAUUCAAACCCUUCCCUUUUUCCACAUUUUGUUACGUUAGCCUUAUUCUAAAAUUGAUUAAAUAAAUAAAAAUCCUCAUUCUACACACAAUACCCCAUAAUAAAAAAGCAAAAACAGGUUUUUGGAAAUGUUUGCACAUGUAUGAAAAAACACAUACCUUAUUUACAUAAGUAUUCAGACCCUUUGCUAUGAGACUCGAAAUUGAGCUCAGGUGCAUCCUGUUUCCAUUGAUCAUCCUUGAUGUUUCUACAACUUGAUUAGAGUCCACCUGUGGUAAAUUCAAUUGAUUGGACAUGAUUUGAAAAGGCACACAACUGUCUAUAUAAGGUCCCACAGUUUACCGUGCAUGUCAGAGCAAAAACCAAGCCACGAGGUCGAAGGAUUUGACCGUAGAGCUCCGAGACAGGAUUGUGUCGAGGCACAGAUCUGGGGAAGGGUACCAAAAAAUGACUGCAGCAUUGAAGGUCCACAAGAACACAGUGGCCUCCAUCAUUCUUAAAUGGAAGAAGUUUGGAACCACCAAGACUCUUCCUAGAGCUGGCCGGCCAGCCAAAUAAUCGGGGAGAAGGGCCUUGGUCAGGGAGGUGACCAAGAACCCGAUGGUCACUGACAGAGCUCCAGAGUUCCUCUGUGGUGAUGAGAAACUUCCAGAAGGACAACAUCUCUGCAGCCCUCCACCAAUCAGGCCUUUAUGGUAGAGUGGCCAGACAGAAGCCACUCCUCAGUAAAAGGCACAUGACAGCCCGCUUGGAGUUUGCCAAAAGGCAAGUAAAGGACUCUCAAACCAUGAGAAACAAGAUUCUCUGGUCUGAUGAAACCAAGAUUGAUCUCUUUGGCCUGAAUGCAAAGCGUCACGUCGGGAGGAAACCUGGCACCUUCCCUACUGUGAAGCAUGGUGGUGGUAGCAUCAUGCUGUGGGCAGGGACAGGGAGACUAGUCAGGAUCGAGGGAAAGAUGAACGGAGCAAAGUACAGAGAGAUCAUUGAUGAAACAGGACAACAACCCUAAGCACACAGCGAAGACAAUGCAGAAGUGGCUUCGGGACAAAUCUUUGAAUGUCCUUGAGUGGCCCAGCCAGAGCUCGGACUUGAACCUGAUCUAACACUCCCCAUCCAACCUGACAGAGCAUGAGAGGAUCUGCGGAGAAGAAUUGGAGAAACUCCCCAAAUACAGGUGUGCCAAGCUUGCAGCGUCAUACCCAAGAAGACUCGAGGCUCUAAUCACUGCCAAAGGUGCUUCAACAAAGUACUGAGUAAAGGAUCUGAAUACUUACAGUGGGGAAAAAAAUGAUUUAGUCAGCCCCCAAUUGUGCAAGUUCUCCCACUUAAAAAGAUGAGAGGCCUGUAACUUUCAUCAUAGGUACACGUCAACUAUGACAGACAAAUUGAGAAAAAUAAAUCCAGAAAAUCACAUUGUAGGAUUUUUAAUGAAUUUAUUUGCAAAUUAUGGUGGAAAAUAAGUAUUUGGUCACCUACAAACAAGCAAGAUUUCUGGCUCUCACAGACCUGUAACUUCUUCUUUAAGAGGCUCCUCUGUCCUCCACUCGUUACCUGUAUUAAUGGCACCUGUUUGAACUUAUUAUCAGUAUAAAAGACACCUGUCCACAACCUCAAACAGUCACACUCCAAACUCCACUAUGGCCAAGACCAAAGAGCUGUCAAAGGACACCAGAAACAAAAUUGUAGACCUGCACCAGGCUGGGAAGACUGAAUCUGCAAUAGGUAAGCAGCUUGGUUUGAAGAAAUCAACUGUGGGAGCAAUUAUUAGGAAAUGGAAGACAUACAAGACCACUGAUAAUCUCUCUCGAUCUGGGGCUCCACGCAAGAUCUCACCCCGUGGGGUCAAAAUGAUCACAAGAACGGUGAGCAAAAAUCCCAGAACCACACAGGGGGACCUAGUGAAUGACCUGCAGAGAGCUGGGACCAAAGUAACAAAGCCUACCAUCAGUAACACACAUUACAUUUGACAUUUUAGUCAUUUAGCAGACGCUCUUAUCCAGAGCGACUUACAGGAGCAAUUAGGGUUAAGUGCCUUGCUCAAGGGCACAUUUACGUCAUUUAGCAGACGCUCUUAUCCAGAGCGACUUACAAAUUGGUGCAUUCACCCUAUAGCCAGUGGGAUAACCACUUUCCAAAUUUUUUAAAUUCCUCAAAGAAAAUUUUUAUAUUUAAAAAAAAAAAAAAAAAAAAAAACCUUUUUUUUUUUUUUUUUUUUUUUUUUUGGGGGGGGGUAGAAGGAUUACUUUAUCCUAUCCGAGGUAUUCCUUAAAGAGGUGGGGUUUCAAAUGUCUCCGGAAGGUGGUGAGUGACUCCGCUGUCCUGGCGUCGUGAGGGAGCUUGUUCCACCAUUGGGGUGCCAGAGCAGCGAACAGUUUUGACUGGGCUGAGCGGGAACUAUGCUUCCGCAGAGGAAGGGGAGCCAGCAGGCCAGAGGUGGAUGAACGCAAUGCCCUCGUUUGGGUGUAGGGAUUGAUCAGAGCCUGAAGGUACGGAGGUGGCGUUCCCCUCACUGCUCCAUAGGCAAGCACCAUGGUCUUGUAACGGAUGCGAGCUUCAACUGGAAGCCAGUGGAGUGUGCGGAGGAGGGGGGUGACGUGAGAGAACUUGGGAAGGUUGAACACCAGACGGGCUACGCCGCCAGGGACUCAAAUCCUGCAGUGCCAGACGUGUCCCCCUGCUUAAGCCAGUACAUGUCCAGGCCCGUCUGAAGUUUGCUAGAGUGCAUUUGGAUGAUCCAUAAUUUGCAAAUAAAUUCAUUAAAAAUCCUACAAUGUGAUUUUCUGGAUUUUUUUUUCUCAUUUUGAACUUGCACAAUUGGUGGCUGACUAAAUACUUUUUUCCCCCACUGUAUACAACAGAUUGUUACUUAUCACUGUGCUUAAUGUAAUAGCAGAACCAGAUUAUAAUGGUGCUGGAGGGGAUAGCUGCUGUUUUACGGGCUCCCAACCAUCUGUGCUAUUUUGUUUGUUUUUUCGCAUAGUUUGUAACUUUCAAGUUCCUUGGCGUCCACAUCACCAAAAAACUAUCAUGGUCCAAACACACCAAGACAGUCGUGAAGAGGGCACAACAACACCUUUUCCCCCUCAGGAGACUGAAAAGAUUUGGCACUGGUCCCAAGAUCCUCAAAGAGUUCUACAGCUGCACCAUCAAGAGCAUUCUGACCGGUUGCAUCACCCCUGGUAUGGCAACUGCUCGGCGUCUGACCGUGAGGCACUACAGAGGGUAGUGCGUACGGCCCAGUACAACACUGGGGCCAAGCUUCCUGACAUCCAGAACCUAUAUACUAGGCGGUGUCAAAGGAAGGCCCAAAGAAUUGUCAAAGACUCCAGUCACCCAAGUCAUAGACUGUUCUCUCUGCUACCGCACGGCAAGCGGUACCGGAGCGCCAAGUCUAGAACCAAAAGGCUCCUUAACAGCUUCUACCCCCAAACCAUAAGACUGCUGAACAAUUAAUCAAAUGGCCACCCGGACUAUUUACAUUGACACCCCCCCCCCCUGGAUUGCAGUUGAGAUUCAAUUAAAAGUACAUGGUGCAAGUGACCAAUGCCGUUCCAGAGUCUGCACAGAUUAUUACAGCAAUUGUGAAUGUCUCCACAGACCUGCGACAUACAUAUGCAUGCUAUCUUGAACAUGCACGCUUUAUGAUUGCAUAAGCCAUUUAUAGUUACAAUAAUUUCAAAAUGUGGCCAUGCGUUACUCAUUUUAAGGUUGAAUGUUACAUUAGUUUGUAAGAUAGCCUUAACGUUUUGCUAUUUGCUAUAUUACAAAAGUAAUAUUGAAUCGUGUUUGGUUGACAACACAACCAAAUAUCAACAUUUAAAGGUCCAAUGCAGCUGUUCUUAUCAAUAUCAAAUAAUUUCUGGGUAACAAUUAAGUACCUUAUUGUGAUUGUUUUAAAUUAAAAUGGUCAAAAGACGCAAAAAUUGCUUCUUAGCAAAGGGCCAUUUCUCAAUCAAUAAUUUUUCUAGGACUGUCUGGGAGUGGUUUGAGUGGGGAAGGGAAAACUAGCUGUUAUUGGCAAUAGGGAAAUCAUGAGUUGAUUAUAUUCAGUAACUAUGUGAAAUUGCUUGGCAUUACUUGUUACCCAACUCAAUCAUGGGUAUUGGCAUUGGAUGAUGUUUAUAAUGUGUUUUUUUUUUUUAUCAACAGAGCUCAAAUUUGUGGAAUUUUCUGAGCCGGGAAUCUUCAACUAUUCCACUCUGUUGCUGAGUGAGGAUAAGGAUGUGCUCUACGUUGGCUCGAGGGAGGCCAUCUUUGAACUCAGCAUGACCAAUGUGUCAAUCAAGAACAACAAGGUAUAAACAUGUAUCAUUUUAAAAGGUCUUAACUUGAAAGGUUGUCUUUGAACAUUUUAAUAAUAUUUUAAUGCCUCUGCAGGUUCAAUGGAAGGUCCCAGAAACCCAUAUGACGAUGUGCAUCUUAAAAGGAAAAUCUAAAGAGGUACGCCUGCUAUUCCAUCAAAGUAUGACUGACUUUUUAUCACUGUGAAAGCUGGCAUGAUUUGUCAUACUGUUAUCUCUGGCAGCCAAGUUUAAUUGUGUCUUUGUGUUGUGUUUUACAGACUGACUGUCUAAACUACAUCCGGGUGUUACAAGUGUUGGAUGACAACAGACUGUAUGUCUGUGGGACACAUGCUUUUCAGCCGGUCUGUCACUACCUGGUAAGUGUCUUAGCUAUUAGGAAUUUUCAAUUCAAUUUCUUCUUAAAUGUAUUUCAAGUCAAGGGUAGAAAAAAAAUAUGUCAAUAUGCCUUGCCUAUUGCUGUUUUGGUUAGUUCUUAUUAUACUAUUUCACUGUAGAGCUCCCAGUCCUGCUCAACCUGCCUCAGAUAGCUCCUUUGUCCCACCCCCCAUACACACAGAGACCGGCUCAAUCGGUGCCUCCAGUGAUGCUAUCUCUUUCAUUGUUAACCAACGCUUAGGUUUACCUCCACUGUACUCAUAUCCUUCCAUAUCCUUGUCUGUACAUAAUGCCCUGAAUCUAUUCUACAACGCCCGGAAAUCUGCCCCUUUUAUUCUCUGUACCCAACACACUAGAAGAGCAGUUCUUAAAGCCUUUAGCCAUAUCCUUAUUCUAUUCCUCCUCUGUUCCUCUGGUGAUGUAGAGGUUAACCCAGGCCCUGUAGCCCCCAGUAUCACUCCUACUCCCCAGGCGCUAUCAUUUGUUGACUUCUGUGGAAUGAGGUCAAAAUCCAUCCAGGAUACCCAGGCCAGGUCAAUUAGAAAGGCCUGCUCGCUAAAGUAUUUUAGGGAGCGUUUGACAGUGAUGAGGGGUUUGACAGCGGACCCAUUACGGACGCAGGCAAUGAGGCAGUGAUCGCUGAGAUCCUGGUUGAAGACAGCGGAGGUGUAUUUAGAGGGUAAAUUAGUCAGGAUGAUAUCUAUGAGGGUGCCCAUGUUUACGGAUUUAGGGUUGUACCUGGUAGGUUUCUUGAUAAUUUGUGUGAGAUUGAGGGCAUCUAGUUUAGAUUGUAGGACGGCCGGGGUGUUAAGCAUAUCCCAGUUUAGGUCACCAAGCAGUACGAACUCUGAGGAUAGAUGGGGGGCAAGCAAUUCACAUAUGGUGUCCAGGGCACAACUGGGGGCUGAGGGGGGUCUGUAGCAAGUGGCAACAGUGAGAGACUUAUUUCUGGAAAGGUGGAUUUUUAGAAGUAGAAGCUCAAACUGUUUGGGCACAGACCUGGAUAGUAUGAUAGAGCUCUGCAGGCUAUCUCUACAGUAGAUUCCAACUCCGCCCCCUUUGGCAGUUCUAUCUAGACGGAAAAUGCUGUAGUUGGGGAUGGACAUUUCUGAAUUUUUGGUGGCCUUCCUAAGCCAGAAUUCAGACACUGCUAGAACAUCAGGGUUGGUGGAGUGUGCUAACGCAGUGAAUAACUCAAACUUAGGGAGGAGGCUUCUGAUGUUAACAUGCAAGAAACCAAGGCUUUUACCGUUGUUCUUUAAAAGUGCUUUCCUCUCCAUCGUAAAUAAGCAUGCCCCAUUCAAAAAAUUCAGAACUAAGAACAGAUAUAGCUUGGUUCACCCCUGACUUAACUGCCCUUGACCAGCACAAAAACAUCCUGUGGCGUACUGCAUUAGCAAUGAGCUUCAAUGCCAUACUACACUCCUUCCGUAGCCUUCAACUGCUCUUAAACGCUAGUAAAACUAAAUGCAUGCUCUUCAAUCGAAUGCUGCUUGCACCCACCCGCCCGACUAGAUUCACUACUCUCGGCGGGUCUGACUUAGAAUAUGUGGACAACUACAAAUGCCUAGGUGUCUGGUUAGACCAUAAACUCUCCUUCCAGACUCACAUUAAGCAUCUCCAAUUAAAAGUUAAAUCUAGGCCUCCUAUUUCACAACAAAGCCUCUUUCACUCAUGCUGCCAAACAUGCCCUCGUAAAACGGACUAUCCUACCUAUCCUUGACUUUGGCGAUAUCAUUUACAAAAUAGCUUCCAACACUACUCAGCAAAUUGGAUGUAGUCUAUCACAGUGCCAUCCGUUGUGUCAUCAAAGCCCCAUAUACUACCCACCAUUGUGACCUGUACGCUCUCGUUGGCUGGCCCUCACUACAUAUUCGUCGCCAAACCCACUGGCUCCAAGUCAUCUAUAAAUCACUGCUAGGCAAAUCCCCGCCUUAUCUUAGCUCAUUGGUCACCAUAGCAGCACCCACCCGUAGUCUGCGCUCCAGCAGGUAUAUCUCACUGGUCAUUCCCAAAGCCAACACCUCCUUUGGCCGCCAUUCCUUCCAGUUCUCUGCUGCCAAUGACUGGAACGAAUUGCAAAAAUCUCUGAAGCUAGAGACUCUUAUCUCCCUCACUAACUUUAAGCAUCAGUUGUCAGAGCACCUUACCGAUCACUGCACCUGUACACAGCCCAUCUGAAAUUAGCCCACCCAACUACCUCAUCCCUAUAUUGUUAUUUAUUUUGCUCUUUUGCACCCCAGUAUCUCUAUUUGCACAUAAUCUCUUGCACAUCUAGCAUUCCAGUGUUAAUACUAAUUGUAAUUAUUUUGCACUAUAGCCUAUUUAUUGCCUUACCUCCAUAACUUGCUACAUUUGCACACACUGUAUAUAUAUUUAUUUCUGUUGUAUUUUUUGACUUUGUUUUUUUACCCCAUAUGUAACUCUGUGUUGUUGUUUUUAAAUCGCACUGCUUUGCUUUGUCUUGGCCAGGUCGCAGUCGUAAAUGAGAACUUGUUCUCAACUGGCUUACCUGGUUAAAUAAAGGUGAAAUAAAAUAAAAAAUAAUAGACUAAACUUUGUUGUGCCGGACGCUACACAGUGUGAGUAGUAAUAAUAACUGCAUCAUAAUCAUUCAUCAUUAAUCCUAAUAUGUGCUCUCAGUCCCUAAAGGAUUUCAGUCUGGAGGGUCCAUCGGAGGACGGGAGAGGGAAGUGUUCUUUUGACCCAUCUCAGAGUUUCACUACGGUCAUGGUUGGUGAGUUGACCACCAUUUUAUAAACUGCUUUUUUGGUACACAGCCUAAAACGCACAAUAAUCCUAAUUAUUAUAUUUUCUGAAGCGUUUAGCCGUCAAACAAACCUGGUUUAGAGAAAAAUACUUAAUGAAUCUUAUGUCUUAAUUUCAGUUUUAUUUUUCUUGCAGAUGGAGAACUUUACUCUGGAACAUCAUAUAACUUCCUAGGAAGUGAACCGAUCAUCUCCAGAUAUUCUCUUUCACAAAGUCUGUUACGAACAGAGUAUUCAACAUCUUGGCUCAAUGGUAAGGAUGAUGUGACACCUGGUCCUCAAAAAAUCGUAUUUCAUUGUUACGACGCUGUAACAGUGUUACACAGUUACUACACUUCAUAAGUGGCAUCAAAGAUCCUCUAAAAAGUAACAGUUGAUCACCCUUCACGUUUUCCUCCGUUCAGUACAUAUAUAUAUUUUACUGACCACUCAUAUCUCUCCCUCCACCCCACAGAGCCCAGUUUUGUUUUUGCUGAUGUCAUCCGAGAGGGGAAGAACAGUGCAGAUGGCGAGGACGAUAAGAUCUACUACUUCUUUACCGAGGUGUCUGUGGAGUACGAGUUCUUUGGCAAGCUUCUCAUCCCCAGGAUAGCACGUGUCUGUAAGGUCAGGACACGUCAGCGGAGUGGCUAACCAUCUGCAACUGGCACCACCACCAUGCUCUCUCUCUCUCUCUCUCUCGCUCUCUCUCGCUCGUCCUCGCUCUCUCGUCCUCGCUCUCUCGCUGUGUGUCAAUAUUAGUUCACUGGUCAAUGUGUCCUGUUUUAACUAAACAUGCUUUGGAUGAAUGCAUCUGCUAAUUGGCAUAUAUUAUAUAUCAAACUGCCUCCUCUCUCUACAGGGUGAUCUAGGUGGCCAGCGGACGCUACAGAAGAAAUGGACCAGUUUCCUGAAGGCCAAACUGGUGUGUUCCAUGCCAGAACUAAACUUUGUCUUCAAUGUGGUCCAUGACGUGUUCAUACUGAAGGCUCCUGACUGGAGAGAGACAGUCAUCUAUGGCGUCUUCACAUCCCAGUGGUGAGUUAGUUAGCCUUAGUGGGAUCUUGGUAACACUGUAAUAAUGCUUGUAACACCUUUUCUAUUAAUAAAGUUGUUCCAUAGUAAUUUAGUAAUAACCCAAACCAUAUGUUUACAGUGGCGUUACUAGAGAAAUUACAAUGCAAAGUGCUACCGGAUCUCAUCAUGGCAAUGAAUAACGCCCACCUGUGGAUAGGUUCUCUUUCAAUGAUUAGUUUCGUUAUCUUAGUGGGAUUCACAGAAUCUCUAAGCAGCUCGAUGAACCAAUCACACACGUCUGUCGGAGAGCCACUAAAGAGCUACUGUAGAGCCACUCGUCCGCCCACUGAUCAUUCUCACCUCUCUCCCUCACAGAAGAGUUCUACUCUAGCUCUCAUCAGCAUGACUUGAUCUGUUUUCCUGUUCAACUAUUCACAGGUGUGCUGCGAGGUUACGCCGCCGAGUGCAGGUUUUUCAGCUCUCGUCUUUUGUAUUGGGUGACUUUACCGGAAGGAAAGUUUCCGCUUCCAGUAAGAAUCAGCUAUUCCGCUUUUCUUCCUUUUGUCUCCUGUGGUGGCUAGCAUCACACGGCUAGCUACUGAGACUUGGCUAACUUAGCUGCAAGGCUUAGAUAGCAGGAUAGCUAGCCUUGCAGCGAGCUAGCCAUGUUAACUAGUUUUUCUACCUGGAAGGGUGAAAUUACUAGUUUGCUCUCUUGUUUAGCUCAACCCACUGCGUGUUGCGUUGACUAGACCGACUGUCCUGUAUUCACUGCGUAUCGCAAGACCAACAUAGUGGUAGCUUCCUUUGGCUAACGUACUAACUAGCUAGGCUACUAGCCCAUGAGGUGAACACUAGCUAGGUUCACAUUGUUAAAAGAUUAGCUUCUUCAGCUAGCACUGUGCUAACUACCUAGGCUAUUAGCCCACAUGGCGAAUGCUAGUUACGUUUCACUUUAUCGAAUUAGCUGUUUUUUGGAGCCACGGAGCUUGCUAGCUCAGCCCAAGGCGUACCGAGCCAGGCCCUGGCCCCUGCCCCAGCACCAGCAUAUCAGAGUACAUGCGGGGCAACCAUAUCAGGCAAGGACACGCACCUGCUGUGUGUCGUCAGCUUGAGUCUCGAACUAGCAACGUUUGAUGACCCCCAGUUAUGUGUCCAUUGUAGGGAUUAUCCUACUUUUCAAGGCACAGCCUACGAAUACCUUGCUGUCCCAUUCGGGCUAGCGUUAGCUCCCCGAACUUUCAGCAAGUGUGUAGAGGCAGCCCUCACACCCCUGAGAAGCAAGGGACUGAGAGUCUCUGCCUACAUAGACGAUUACCUGCUUUGCUCACCAUCGCCGGGAGCAAGUGGUACGAGACACAACUUCCCUUGUAACCCACCUCUCCGAGCUAGGGUUCAAUAUCAAUCAGAAAGAGCUGUUUGGUGCCAACACAGAGAAUAGAAUCCAGCAUUACGCCUAGGUACUCUAUCUUUUAUCAGGCAGCACUCUCAGGCGACCGCAUCGCGUCAUUCUGACAGUGUCUCCCUGUUCCAUGGGGUGCUUGGCCACGUAUACGAUGUGCCUCAGAGUGCUGGGGUUGAUGGCGUCCACCAUCUCAGUAGUACCUCUUGGCCUACUGAGGAUGAGAGACUUCCGGCACUGGAUGUUUGCACAGCGCUGUGUACAAGGCGUCACGUCAAUUGUCAGAUAGAGGUGACCUUCACAUGUCUAUCGGCUCUGCAUCACUGGAAGAGCCACUUGAUCUUCGUUCUUGGCACUCCCCUAAGGCUAGUGGCAACGAGGAAAGUAGUGACGAUAGACACGUCACUCACGGGAAUACAAUAAACUCUGCAUUGCUCAUAUAAAUUACCUUGAAUUGCUGACAGUGUUUCUUGCUCUGAGACACUUUCGACCCUCCCUUCGGAUUUGUCACGUCUAGAUCAGAAAGGACAAAAUGACUGUUCUCCCUCUUAUCAGUCAACGCAACUCAUGUCCCAGGUGUAAUGAACGUAGGAGCGGACUUAUUGUCCUUAGGGAAUCCCCAUCAAAGGGAAUGUAGACUCCAUCCCCAAGUGGCAAAACCGAUCUGGGAGAGAUACGGCCAAGCAUCUGUAGAUCUCUUCGCAUCACAAGAAAAUGUGCACUGCUCGUUGUUCUUCGCACCACUGGGGGUGGAUGCGCUAGCACACCCUUGGCUGAGGGUAUUGCUUUACGCUUUUCAUCCCCUCAGCCACAUAGUCCCUACUCUAGCAACUCCUGUUACGCAGGGAUCUGCUGACCUGAAGGAACAUAGAGAUGUUCCACCCUCACCCGGACACCAUGGCCCUCUGGGCCGGCCCAUGAGAGAUUAUAUCUGGAUGUGACAGACCUGCCUCUCUGUGUCAUUGAGACUAUCCAGAGUGCUUGGGAUCCUUCUACAUGCUCAAUGUACGGAAACAAGUCGUUGGUUUUUGAGAAGUGGUGUGACCAAAAAAACACAAUUCCUUGCUCUGUAUCCCGGGUUUUAUGCUUUCUGCAGGAUCUUUUGGGGAGAGGGAAGGCUUUCUCCACUGUUGAAGUCUAUCUAGCCGCUCAAAUAGACUUCGACAAUAACACUUGAUCACUAACAUUUUGAAGCUGAGCAAUUAGCUCGUACUCACUACCGAGUUCCAAACUGCCUCUUGAAGCAACGUCAGCACAAUAACUGUUCGUCGGGAGCUUCAUGAAAUGGGUUUCCAUGGCCGAGCAGCCUCACACAAGCCUAAGAUCACCAUGCGCCAAGCGUUGGCUGGAGUGGUGUAAAGCUCACAACCAUUGGACUCUGGAGCAGUGGAAAUGCGUUCUCUGGAUUGAUUAAUCACACUUCACCAUCUGGUGAAUCUGGGUUUGGCAGAUGCCAGGAGAACACUACCUGCCCCAAUGUAUAGUGCCAACGGUAAAGUUUGGUGGAGGAGGAAUAAUGGUCUGGGGCUGUUUUUCAUGGUUCGGCUAGGUCCCUUAGUUCCAGUGAAGGGAAAUUAACGCUACAGCAUACAAUGACAUUCUAGAUGAUUUUGUGCUUCCAACUUUGUGGCAACAGUUUGGGGACGGCCCUUUCCUGUUUCAGCAUGACAAUGCCCCCGUGCACAAAGCGAGGUCCAUACAGAAAUUGUUUGUCGAGAUUGGUGUGGAAGAACAUGACUGGCCUGCACAGAGCCCUGACCUCAACCCCAUCGAACAGCUUUGGGAUGAAUUGGAAUGCUGACUGCGAGCGAGGCUUAAUCGCCCAACAUCAGUGCCCGACCUCACUAAUCCUCUUGUGGCUGAAUGGAAGCAAGUCCCCGCAGCAAUGUUCCAACAUCUAGUGGAAAGCCUUCCCAGAGGAGUGGAGGCUGUUAUAGCAGCAAAAGGGGGACCAACUCCAUAUUAAUGCCCAUCAUUUUGGAAUGAGAUGUUCGACGAGCAGGUGUCCACAUACUUUUGGUCGUGUAUUUUACUCAUAUCAGAGAACCGGCGUUAUGCAAGUAACCUUAUGUUUUUGUGACAUUGGCUCUGUCCCUCUCCUCUUCAGGAGUAAUGUAGGCCUGUCUGCGGUGUGUGCCUAUAACAUGUCAUCAGUAGAUGAGGUCUUCUCUAAGGGGAAGUACAUGCAGAAAGCCACAGUGGAACAGUCACACACCAAGUGGGUGAGGUACAACGGUAUCACCCCCACCCCUCGCCCAGGAGCUGUAAGUGUCACCUGCUGAAAUUACUUUCUAAAUAUUACUUUUUUUACCUCCAAUCUAUAAAACACAAACCACAUAUAAAAUCCAAAGCUUUUCUUUGAAAUAUAGACUGUCCCACUUUUUUUAUUUUUUAUUGUAUGUUUUGUUUCCAUUUACCCUAAUUUUAUUUGAAUCAGAUUGUGUCUUCUAGUUCAACUGCGUUGAGUUGUAUUCAGACCAUUGUGUCAUUCAUAGCAUCAUCCUUCUCCCUCCCAUCCACCUCUAGUGCAUCAACAACCAUAACCGUCUCCAGAACAUCAACAACUCUCUCCACCUGCCUGAUAAGACACUACAGUUUGUAAAGGACCAUCCUCUACUGGAGGACCCGGUCCUCCCCAUCGGCAACAGGCCCAAACUCAUCACCAAGGAUGUCAACUACACCCAGAUCGCCGUGGAGAGGGUACAGGCCCUGGACAACAAUGUGUAUGAUGUCAUAUUCACUGGGACAGGUAGGAACAAGGCUCUGGCAGCUGGCUGACUGUUAGAGGGUGAUAGUGUUGUGUAAAGUGCCUCUGGGUUACACUUUAUUUGGAUAGGCCCAAGUAGAUUGUUUGUAGAUGUUCUGUAGAUGUUUAAUAACUGUCAACAUUUCAACUAACUAUCCACUAACCCUUAUCCUAAACAUAACCGUAACCUUAGCAAGGUAGUUUGUUGAUAGGAUGACUAUCUGUAGAUCAUCUAUAUGGGACUAUCCAAAUAAAGUGUGACCUGCUUCUGUGUUGGUGAUACUAUGAUCAACUCAUGUGGUCUCAGGUCCCAGAUCUUUGUGUGCUGUAUUGCCAAAUCCUAUGGUUGUUGUUGUUUGGCCAUAGGAGUUGGCUAUACAACACAAACAGAUCUGGGACCAGGCUAGUCUCAGGUCCUGCUUAUAACAGAAAGGUAGUGUUUCAGUUCUUGACCUCUAUUUAGUGUCUGUGGAUAGAUAUGGUGUUAACAGCACUUCAUCUGUUUUACCCUCUCUAGAUAAAGGAGUCCUGCACAAAUCAGUGUUGUAUGAAGGAGAGGUCCAUACAGUGGAAGAGAUCCAGCUACUCCACAACUCUGAGCCUAUCAAGACCUUGCUUCUGUCAUCACAAGGGGUAGGUGAAAUAUGGAAGAUAAUUCCUCUGUUUUACACGGAAAGCCAGUUAUCAUCUGCUGUGACGAUAACACAUCCUGGAUAUAAAAUAGACAAGACAAGCUAAGCUGUCUUUUUCAAGGUUUCUUGCAAUGUCAGAGAACCUAACCACUUACUUUCAUGUCUAUGUAAAGCUGUUGUUCAACUCGACAGUAGAAAGGGGGACGUUUUCCGGCCAAAGAGACAGCAGGUCUGCUCUGAAGUUAAAACCACAACUUCUUCAUUUCAGUGAAUUAAUCAUGAUUAGUCUUAGCAUUGUUUCCUCUAUGCUCUGGUUGCAUGCCAGAUUCCAGUUCUGCAAUUUCUAACCAUUUUUGCAGACACUAGCCUAGAAAAUGCUGUUCCUCGUCGUAUGUGUCGACUUUGAAGGUGUAUGUUAACCUUUAGUGUGUGCGUGUCAGGGUUUCCGUUAGCCGGCAAUUGCCUGCUUUUGGCCCAAAAUCCUUGUAACGUGGUUAAUCAUGAAAAUCUGAAUUAAAAUAUAAAAAAUCUCAAAGUUAAAAGUCAACUAAUGCGAGAACACCAGCCUCUGCCAUAUGGACACAUUGAUACACUGUGAUCUAUUGGCAGCUAAAGAAAUUAGCGCAUGGAACUCAUAGCCAAUAGGCCAAUGCAGCAGUAGGCCUGCAACUUCCAUUCCUCUUUCACAAUGAGGAUUGGUGAUUAUCGAGGGGGAGAUUGUUGGAAAGAUUUUUUUUAAAUUGCUUUCUGUGAGGGACUAUAGUUUUAAAAGGGCAAACUAUUCACAUAACGAAACAAUGAAUGCGCAAGAAUUGGCGGGAGACAGCUGAGCCAUUCUGGAGAGAUACGCCUAUAUCUUUGCCACACACCCCUCCCCUUCUAGUCUCAACCUUUUUUAUUGUUCUCAAGACACAUUAUCGUCACACAUAUUUUUUUAUGCUUUUCACUGACAUCCGCAACUCAAUAAAUCAGCGAGGCAUGUUGCCACGCGCGCUGCUCAAAUUGAGGGCUUGUCAAAUAGGCAAAGGCCUACGAGCUUGUGAUUUGAAACAUUCCACAGUUGUUCUUUAAAAUAAGCUAAUGAUCCUCAAGUCCUCUGUGGCCAAGUCAUGCUUUCUGGUGAAAUAUUUUAUUUAUGUAUAGACAGGAGUAAUUGUAUUAUUGACAAAUGUAUGUCCAUUUACUAUUGGACCCACCACUAUGCCAUUUCUCUCCUGUUCUAUUGGUUUUCACAUCAACUUUCUUUCGUUGUCCAGAAGCCAAAGGCACAAUCUUAGUCAUAGCAACCCAUCAUAGUUGUUUAAUCGUUAGAUUCCCUCUCUUUCUAAGUUUAACAGGUGCGCUGUUUAGAAUGGUGUUUUCCUGCGAACUGCAUUUUGUCAAAUGUUUGAAAAUUACGUUUUAUUGGCUGCUUCAUUACAUGAGUUGCAUGUUCUGUUAAGAUGCAUUACCAUAAUCGAAAGUAUUUCAUUCAUUCUGAACACCGUGGGUGGACGCCCUAAUGGGUUAUAUACCCAAUGCAAAUGGGUCUGGUACAUUUCUCAAAUGGACGCUAAAUUAAAAUCUUCUCAGUCACAUUGUCCGGCACCACAUUUUCCUAAUGGAAUCCCUGGUGCGUGUCCGUGUGUGUGUGUUCUUUCACAGACGAGAUCCCUGUAUGCUGGCUCUGACUCGGGGGUGGUGCAGUCUCCUACUGCGUUCUGUGACAAGUACCUUGCCUGUUCAGACUGCAUCUUGACCCGGGACCCUUACUGUGCCUGGGACCCAGACACCUCCGCCUGUGUCAACAUCUUCCACACCCAGGGCCUCACACACCGGUAACACUCAUUUCAUUAUGGCAUGAUGAUUAUUAGCACAAUGCAAAACCAUAAUGUGUUUUUACUGCCACUCAAUGUAAUCCAGUCCAUCCUGUUUCUUCUGUCUACAAGCCUGAACGUUUAUUUUUUUGUGUGACUAAAGUCAAUGCCUGUCUCCUUCGUGAUUCACAGUAUGUCUACUUAAUGUAUUUUCUGUUUGUUUUUCAGGAACUUGAUCCAGAGCCUUAACGGUGAUGCAGACAAGUGUCCCUCAGGUAUGUAACUAGCUAUGCAUCUUAACAGGUGUGGGAGCUUCUUUCUGUUGAAUGUCAUUUUAACAUGUCUGAAGCACCUUCUGAAGCAACCCUCAGGGUUGACCAAAGUCUCAGGGAAGCAUGGCAACUAGCUGUUUGCAGGAAUAGAAGAAGCUGCAGUGCCAGUAGUGAAAAAAUACACUCAUUUAGGAAGGUCUUCAUAUUACUUUAGAUUAGGUUAAAAUGUGUUUGCCAUUUGUAAGAAAUACUCAGAGCUCUGAUUUUAUAAAAUAGCAAGCAAGUUCAGGGCAGAUGUAUUAAUACCACCCCUCUUCAGAAAGUAAACUCUUAUUCUCUUCUCUCCUCCUCACAGUGCCUGGCCUUGCUGUGGAGGGCUACCAGCGUGUGACUGUUAAACCAGGGAGCUCAGCAAAGCUGCCGUGCCUCAUUCAGUCCAAUCUGGCCAUGGUGGUCUGGAAGGUGAACGGCAAAACCCUGACCGAGGCCUCCAAGUUCUACCUGAUAGGGGAGACGGGUCUGCUCAUCUACAGCGUGGCCCCAGAGGACCAGGGCCUGUACGAGUGCUGGUCCCUGGAGUGGGCCCCCGUGGCAGGAAAGAACUUCAGUAGCCUCCUGGCUGGAUAUGCCCUUGAUCUGGAUGUCCCCAGGAGGCCGUCACCCAGAGGCCACCUCCCUCAGUCCGCCAUCACCCUUAGCUCCGCCCACCCCAACCACCAGUCCACCGCCACCACUGAAGGUAAUAACGGUAACACCGGGAGAUCCUUCCCACUAACUUCAGCCCCUCCCAGCUCCACCGCCCUCACCUCACCACCACCCCCCCACAGUGCCUCGUCAUCACUAACCAUGCCCCCGAGCAGCAGCACUGUCAGGCUCCAGCCCAAGCUCCUCCCCCCCAGCUCUAGCGGCGCCCCACUCCCAGAGACCCCGGACCCGGCGACAGAGUACCUCCAACACGACAACAGCAGCACUCUGCUCUUCCUCUUCCUCCUCUUCUUCCUGCUCUUCCUGGCAGCCCUGGCCUACAACUGCUACAUGCAGUAUCUGCCUGGGCCAUGUCUCCGUCUGCGUGCGGCUCUGCUGGGAAGCCACAAGAAGCCCCAGCCUGAGUACAUAGCAUGCGAGACCGGCCUCAUGGAGCCUGUCACAGCAGAGAAGCUGGACCUAAUGGACCAGAUACACCUGAAUCAGAACGGGGCACAGCCCCGAGCGCUGAGGGAAACUGGCUACGAGACAGAGCCAGAGUGUGACAAUGGCAGGAUCCCCUCUCACAGCUACGCGGGGGACGGAAGUGCUUCUAAAGAGAUGCCCUUUGACGUGGACUGUGACUCGCAGCCUAUUGAAUAUGCAGACGCAGAUCUAGACGCAUCACCGUAAUGAUACCUAGACAUCUCAGCUUUCUAAUUUCUAUUAGCACAAUAACUAUUAAGUUAAGGCUUGUUAUUUAUAGGGGUCCUCUCCCUCAUUGUCUUUCUCUACAUAGAGUAUAUACAGUAUAUACACCUGUGUGUUAUACAUGAAUGUACGCUCUCUCCACCUCUUUGAAAGUACAGACAGACAGAGGCUGAUGACUUAAGUUAUUAGGGGGUCAAGGUAAGUUGCACAUCCCCUCUUGUUUUCAGAGAUUCUCUUACUCUGCCCCACAAUAAAAGGAAUGACUAACUCAAUAUUGAAAUCGUAGCUUAGUCUCUAGCUAGAAAAGUAGAUACUUUUUUUUUUUAAAUUCCAAAUUGGAAACAUUGUUUACCAAAUUGGUAAGUUAACUUGAUGUUUUCCAAAUUGGAGCCUAUUACUUGUUAUUUUUGGUAUAAUGCUCAUUUGUUGCAUUUUAUGCUCAUUUGUUGCAUUUUCUGCGUUUUCAAUGAAUAAGGCUAUUUGAUGUGUAGGAGCUGCUUUCUAUCUUAACCUAUAGUACGAUCUGUAAAUUCUCAGGGACAGUUAGUUUGUUCCUUCAGUAUACCUACACUGAGUGUACAAAACAUUAGGAACACCUUCCUAAUAUUGAGUGGCACGCCCGUUUGCUCUCAGAACAGCCUCAAUUCGUUGGGGCAUGGACUCUACAAGGUGUCAAGCAUUCCAUAGGGAUGCUGGCUCAUUUUGAUUCCAAUGUUUCCCUCAGUUGUGUCAAGAUGGCUGGAUGUCCUUUGGUUGGUGGACCAUUCUUGAUACACACGGGAAACUGUUGAGUGUGAAAAACCCAGCUGCGUUGCAGUUCUUGACACGCUCAAACCGGUGUGCCUGGCACCUACUACCAUACCCCAUUCAAAGGCACUUACAUUUUUUGUCUUGCCCACUCACCCUCUGAAUGGCACACGUACACAAUCCAUGUCUCUGGCUUUAAAAUCCUUCUUUAACUUGUCAAAUCCUCAUCUAAACUUGAAGUGGAUUUAAGGGAUCAUAGAUUUCACCUGGAUUCGCUUGGUCAGUCCGUCGUGGAAAGAACACGUUCCUAAUGUUUUGUUCACUCAAUGUAUAGCUUCAUUGAACUAAAUGUUGUGCAUUCUCACACAAUACGGUAAAAGGUACGUAGCUAAAGAGACAAAACCAACGGUGGCAAGCGACUGAAUGUGAGUGUAAAGAGGCGUGGCACGACUGUGGCACGAGAUCUAUAGAAAGACAACUAGUCUCUUUCCUUACAUGUUUGACAAGGACAAUAUGAAAACAGAGGCUGUAUUAUGCUACGAUGGAAUAAAUCAAAAUGAUGAAAUGAGUGAUUGUGACUCACUGCUGUCUGAAGCGCACAGACCUCUCCAGAGCUACACUGCUCAAUUCCAACUCUGUUUCUCUUAAUCUACUGUGAAUCCACAAUUCCAAUGGUACGAAGACGUGAAAUCUGGGGUCAUAUUUACUAGACAUGAUCUUUCUCCAUAUUAACCUUUGUUGGUUUGUUUUCCCCACUGGUGAAAUGCACAUAAAUAUGUAAAGUAUGAGAUUAUGCUUCGCUAAUGCUAGAUGCUGUGUAGAAAGAAACCAGUGAAAUAAUUUAAGCAUUUCUGUUUUCAUUGUCCUUUAAAAAUGGGCCCUGGAAGCAAUCAGAUGUUUAUUUAAUGAAGCUUAAGAUUGCGUAUUUAAAGAUGAUGAUUAUUUUAUCUUUAGCUUAGUAAUGUUAUGUUUUUCAUUUCACUGGAUUUAUAGGUUCACAAAGCUUCUUUAAAUAGUUAGACCUAUAGCCUCCCCUCCUGUGUCUCUGUCUGUUUCACACAUUUCUUUUCCUGCCUGGCUGUUGUCCUUAGAGAACUCUUUCUCUCCUCCAUCACUCCCUCCCUCCCUCUCCCCACCUCUUCCCUCUCUCCUUCACAGCCUCUUCCUCCACUGUUCCUCUUCUCUCUCCUGUUGACACCUCAUCAUCCCUGUCCACCUCAGGAAGUAGGCCCUCUCUCCCUCCUUCCUCCACUACCACCUCCUCCGAGGGGGUAGGGGUACGGCUGCUGCCCCCCUCCCUCCCGGACCAGGCUUGGGGGGUUCAGGCCCAGGAGGCCUUCCUGCUCUUCUGUGUGGCCUUGGGUGAGUGGUGCCUGUUGUGACCCAUGUGUUUCUGUCUGUCUCACUUCGCACCUUGCAUGUGGCCUCCCUCAGAAACACAUCAACAAACCCCUACCUACCUAUCUACCUACCCUAACCUGGAAUGUGUUCAGAUCCUCAAAACAAGUGUGUACUUCUGGUCCUCUUUAAAUCCAAUAGGAUGACGGGACAAAACUGAACAAUAAUGUGAUGACUUUUGGUUUAGAACAGAUAGACAGAUGUUUUUGUUUUGAUAAAAAGGUACAGUAGAGAUCAGGUCACUGAACUCUGUAUUUGAUGAACUUGUCUCAAAAGGUUUCGGUUCCAUUCUUUUCUUUUUUGUAAACAUUUUGCAAAUGUUUUUAUAUUUUGUUAUUGGCAAAUCUGAGCUGAGACUUGUCAUAUAUUUAAUUGGAAAUGAGGCAAGGAGAGCCCAAGUGUUCAACUAAUUUCACAUGAGAAUGAUGUCUCUUUAUAAGAACAAAGGAUUUAAAAAUAUAUAACUUUUUAAGCUCAAUGUGUCAAUUACUGAGUUUCAAAACUUUCUUAUACUGGAACUUUUUGAAGAUGUACAUAAUCCACCCAUACAUUCUGGGGCUACUGUUGGUAGGGAGAUUUAAUAAAUACUGAUUUCAAAUGUUUUGAACAUAGCUUGGCUUUAACAUUAAUAAACAAACAAGUAGGCUAACUGGUUCAAGGUUACAUUAUACACACGAAUGUGAGAUGUACGUAGCCUACUGAUUACUAUGAUGUAAAUUUAGUCUGUCAUUUUGAAAGAUUUUUUGACACUGAAAAACAAACAAAUUAGAUACUUUUUUAGGUCCAAUGCAGCCAUUUUUAUCUCGAUAUUAAAUAAUUUCUGAGUAACAAUUAAGUACCUUACUGUGAUUGAUUAUUUUCAAUUAAAUUGGUCAAAAAGAAACAAAAAUAGCUUCUUAGCAAAGAGUAAUUUCUCAAGCAAGAAUUUUGCUAGAACUGUUUGGGAGUGGUCUGUGUGAGGCUAAUUGGAGCCAAAUGGGAGGGAUACUUAACCUGAACUAGCUGUUUAUUGACAGAGCAGUUUCACUCUCUUUAGUAUUGGUCCAUUUACUUAUACCGCCUGGUGAUGUUUCCAGGCAGGCCAAAACUCCGUCCCACCAAAACAGGCAAAAACGUUCAGGUGGCUUUUCAAACAGCUCUUACACUAAAAGGGCAUUUAUUUUCUAAAUUUCAAAGUAUUAUCCCAACAUCAUGGUGUGGAAAUAUACACUGGGGCCAGUUUAUUGGCUACACCCAUCUAGCCUGUACCGUUGACACCAAGCAGGAAAGGGCCAUGGACUCAUGCUGCUUACGCCAAAUCCUGACUCUGCCAUCAGCAUGACGCAACAGGAACCGGGAUUUGUCGGACUAGGCAAUGUUUUUCAACUCCUCAAUUGUCCAGUGUUGGUGAUCGCGUGCCCACUGGAGCCUCUUCUUGUUUUUAGCUGAUAGGAGUGAAACCCAGUGUGGUCGUCUGCUGCAAUAGCCCAUUCAUGACUAGGACCGAUGAAUUGUGUGUUCUGAGACGUUGUUCUGCACACUUCUGUUGUACUGUGUCGUUAUUUGCCUGUUUGUGGCCCGCCUGCUAGCUUGCAUGAUUCUUGCCAUUCUCCUUUGACAUCUCAUCAACAAGCUGUUUUUUCGCCAUUCUCGGUAAAUCCUAGAUACAGUCUUGGGUGAAAAGCCCAGGAUGCUAGCUGUUUCUGAGAUACUGGAACCGGCGUGCCUGGCACCGGUGAUCAUACCACGCUCAAAGUCGCUUAGGUCACUCAUUUUGCCCAUUCUAAUGUUCAAUCGAACAGUAACUGGAUGCCUGUCUGCCUGCUUUAUAUAGAAGGCCACAUUACUCACGGUCUGUAGGAGCGAAUCAUUUUCGUGAACGGGGUUGUGUACCUAAUAAACUGGCCACUGAGUAUAUAAAACACAGGAACAGAGUGCAGGCCAUAAUUUGAAAAUGUCGGCAGUCGCGCUGAACCAUCAGCAGACUAAUGCUAAUAUAGAUCCACAUUCGGUGCGAUGUGUGCGAGCCUUAAGGGAUGCCUGAUGAAGAUUCCUUUCUGUGCUGUGGUUGUUUUCUUUAGUUUGAUCCAUAUCUAUGUCAGGUAUUUCUAUUAUAGCUAUUAUAGCUGACCCAGGUCAUUUGAGGUUAUAGCUUGAAAUUGGUGUGCCUCCACAGCAGUUAAGGUGAAAAAGCACACACAUGAUCUACGGAAAUGAAACCUUCAAUAAACCGCAGACUUUCAUUUCUCUCUCUUUCUUAUCUAUCUGCUUCAUGUCAUGAUAACUGACAGUAAACCAGUUUAGGCUGAAACCAGAACAGUAUAGCAUCACUACGAUAGUAAGUGGCUAAGGAGAUUAGCUGGAGAAACAUAAGGCUGGUUUCCUGGACAAAGAUGAAGCCUAGUCCUGGACUAAAAAGCAUGUUCAAUGAAGAUUCUCCAUCCGAGGUACAUAUGAAGUCCCAUUAUGUCCCUCAGGUCCCAGUGAUCUCCACAUUCACUGGCAGGUGAACGGUGCCCGCCUGGAGACACCCGUCACAGAGUACCGCCACUCCCUGAGGGGCCAGGGCCCUGAGGUGCUGGUGAGCAGCUGGGUGAGAGAGGGUGCCCUGGUCAAGGACUCCAGCUACCAGUGUGUUGCUGCGUCCAGCGUAGGAAAUGACGCGUCUAAAGUCGACCUCAACCUCAUCAGUAGCGGUAGGGCUUGCUGGGACAGCUACAUCUUAACUUUGUCCUAUCUAUCUAUUGCCUUAAAUCUGUGGGGCUGUUUCCUGGGCACAGAUUAAUCUUAGUCCUGGACUAAUAAUUAAGAUUAUUAAUUGACCAUGCUUUUUAGUCCAGGACUAGGCUUAAUCUGUGUCCAGGAAACCACCCCCAUAAACUCCUGCCUGCAUGACUGAAAGAGUCCUGAAUGAGUCCUCGUAUAGCCUGAUGUCAAAUGAUGCAGUAAAUUCCAGAAAAUCCAUGCCAACACUUAUUAUUAACAAGGACAGCCAAACACACAUUACCAGGGUUGUGUUCGUUAUGGCACACAACAUAAAUUUUUUUGCAAGUCCAGAUGGUAGUCCUUCCCCGUUUCAGUCCGUUUUCCGACUAAUGAACACAACCAAAUACUCUGAACUGAUUUUACAGUCAAGUGUCAACUAAGUUUUUUGUUGAUAAACAGAGGAAGACCGUAUUCCAUCCAGAGACAUGAGCCAAUGGAGGGGUGCCCUCUCAGAACAUGAAAAACUGCUAAAGAGGUGGAAAAGAACUUGG